GUCUCCAAGACCAAUUCGCUCGAGAAGCCGGCACUUAUUCGUCCUCAACCUUAUCGCCCACAACCGGUUUUUACUACACCAGAACGUAACAGUGGCCCUCGAAAUAUUCACUAUGAAUUGGAGGUGCCGAAUAUUCCUCGGGUAGCAUCAUUUGAUCAUGUUCCCGAGCGACGAGACUACCCACAAAACACUUGGCGUUCUGGAUCACAGGAACCCUAUCAGGGAAGUGUAACAUCAGAAGAUCCACUUAGACCAUCUCCUUCGGCCUUCCAAAGUGUGUCUAACUUCGCUCCUCGCGGAACAAGCACGAGAGGAUCUUUGAGAUCGCUGCCAGAUGCUGGCCUCAUCAUCCGUGGCAGGUAUCAACAACAGCAGCAGCCGACUGCUAAGGACCCAUCGUUGGCUAUCGAUCAGCUGUGUGCCGAACUAGAACUGAACACCGAACAUCCUUUAACAACCAAUGAUAAGCGACGAUCUUUUCCCACUUCUUACGGCCACGAAAAUUUGUACAUAACAGGGAACUCACUCUAUAAGCAACCACUGCGAGUGAACGAAAACAAAGCGCAGGCAAAUCAAUGUCGACAACAGCAAGGAGAUCAGUACCGUGGCACAGUAAGCACACAUCAGUCGCAUUCGACAACGAUGAACAAUUCGCAUCGCCUACCUCGUGUCACAACACAACAACAACCAGUUCAGCAUGCAUCGCAGUCAAUACAGCGAUCACCCCAAGCGCCACAGCACAUAAACCACCCUGUAGCAAGAAAGACGUCACACCGACAUCAGAAAUCGCUGGACGAGGUGACGAACAUGCUUAAUAAUGUUGUCAACGACUUUCACUCUGCUCAGCCAUUGCGAAAGAGAUCGCAGCAAAGUCAUGUUUUGUAUGCUACUCCUCACUCCACAAAUCAGUCGAAUCCAUUUGAGACGAUUAAUCAGGAAAAGAUCAAUCCCAGUCGUGUGGAAGCUAUGCACAACAUGUUCGAAAGAAAUACCGCACCUGUACACUAUAAGUGGAAUCCGCAACCGUAUCCCGUUAGGCCCAGAGAAGAUGAUGCAUAUCACGAAAUUAGCGAGUUCUCAAAUCGGUAUCCCAAGCGUGCCUCUCCCCCUCGUCAGAGUGUCAGAGUUCAUCACUCCCCACAGAGUUAUACAACCACGGAAUUUAUACCUGCUUAUCCCACAACCCAACCACCGUCGCAUCCUCCAGGAAGGAAUGAACCAUGUCAAAAUCUUAUAGGAUCAGCGACUUCGUCCCAAAAUGGCGGUUAUUAUUCUUCAAACAGCUCUGGUAUAAGUACUGCUGCAUGUCAAAACAAUCAGAUCGCUGCUCGGCGUGGUUCAAUUGGCGGCCAUCAGUCGGCAUCAUCACGAGCGGCAUCAGUCGCUGACGACGAAGAUGAUGGAUUCUAUGAUAACAUCGGAACGUUCGAUGAUCGACGAUUUUCUCGUAGUAGUGAGAUGGACGUUACGUCAUUAUCAUCGCAUCAGUUACCACCUUCUGGUUGGAAACCCACUAAAAUCGGAUCAUUUUUACUGAAAUUUGGAGGUGGAAGCCGGCCGCCAGGCAGCGCUGCCAGCCUAGUUUCUCUUAAUAAGGUUGCAAAUGAGACACCAAUCAAAUCGGGCAAUCUCAUGAAGAGUAACAGCCUGAGCAAUGAGCCUUGGAAGAAGAUGGUAAUUGAUGGACCAAGUAUUCCAGCUAGAGAGUCUACACCUAGCAAAGGAGGUUUCCGUACGCGUAUAAAAAACUCGAUUUUUGGCUCAAAGAGGAGGCUGAAUGGCUAG